AUGAUGCCAGAAUCAUCAAACAAGAAAAUUAUACCAAUCAUUGACGAUAAAUUAUCAUUGACAAUAUCAUUAAUAUUCCAUUCAUUAUCGAUGGCAUAUGACAACGACAAUAAUAAUGACAGUGAGCAUAAUAUCCCUAUAGAUAUCAUUGAAUAUGAUAAAAUCAAUGACCCAGUGAUAUCUAAUGGUUUGAAAUUUAUCAAAUUGAAAUAUAAAUAUGCAAAACAUCAUCCUAAUUCUUAUGAUGAUAACAUCAUCUUUACAUUAAUAGUGACAGAAAUUGAAUCAAAUAAGUUUGUUUCCAUAUUAUCAUACCAAAAUCUACUCACAAAUAACGAAAAGGAUGAUAAUGCAAAUGAGGAUGAUGAUGAAAUUGUCUCUCCUAGAAGUGCCAUUUUAAGUUAUUCUAAAGAUUUAAAAAUUACAAAAGAACAAGAACAAGUAAAUUCUGAUACAACAAAUUUUCAGUAUUCUAAUUUAAAUGAAUAUUUUAAGAAGAAGAAUAUUUCAGAAAAUGAUUUAAAACAAAUUGAAAAUAAUAUAAGAAGGAAAUUAACAAUAUUACCAUUUUCAAGUUCACAAGAUAAGGGGAAUGUUGCUGUAUCUUCAAACGACAACAAUAACAAGAAUGAUCUAUUAAGAAUAGAUAAUGAUAGAAACAUGAACAUAGAAAGAAGAAUCAACACUGAACGUUCAAGGCCAAAUAAUGAUUUAGAUUUACCUAAAUUUGAAGAUGAAUAUGAAAUCAACACAUUCAAAGACAUUCGUAGUGGUGACAACAAGAACCCAUUACUCCAUAAUUAUGGUGAUAAUGAUUUAUAUCCAACUGGUCAAAAAUAUCCAAAUUUAAAUGAUCCAAAUUCAUUAAAUCCAACAGCAAUACGGAAUAAAUAUGGACCCGAUCAUCCUCAUUUUCAAGGUGGGAUGACAUUUGAUCCCUUACAAAGAAAUAAAGAUGAAAUUGAUCAAAGUGAAAAUAGAGGACCUGGUUGGAUACCUGGAGCUAAGUAUGAUGAUCCAUUUGGUAGACCACCACCAUCUGGAAAUACUGGUAAUAAUCUAUUCCCUGGUAGUAGUGGUGGCAACAAUGGAUUUGGAUUUAUUUAA